AAAACAAUGGCAGUGGUUAUUGAGCUAACUUUGCGUUCUCCUGGUACUUGUCAACAAAGAAGUUAUCUUUCAUUAAAAAGUAACUGAAGCACAUAACAUAGUCACACGUAUAUAUUAUGGCAACUGCUAUUCAAAAGAAUGGCAUGAAACCUUUAACAAACACAUCGAUAAGUCAUGUAGAAAAUGUAAAUAACUUAGACAAUACUAAUAUAUGCAAAGAAGAGAAAGAUGAAAGGAUAUUUGAUGGACAAAUCCAACCUUAUGUGGAACCUCCUGAACAGGAACCUCGGGAACUGGAUAUUGUUAUCAAUAAUGUAGUUUGCAGCUUCAGUGUUAGGUGUCAUCUAAAUUUACGAGACAUUGCACUUAAUGGAUCUAAUGUGGAAUAUAGAAGAGAAAAUGGGAUGAUAACUAUGAAAUUAAGGAGACCUUAUACUACUGCUUCUAUAUGGUCUUCUGGUAAAGUAACAUGCACUGGUGCAACUAGUGAAGUUCAAGCAAAAGUUGCAGCACGCCGCUUUGCCCGCUCACUUCAAAAACUUGGAUUUAAAGUACGAUUUAACAAUUAUAGAGUGGUUAAUGUUCUGGGUACAUGUUGUAUGCCAUUUGCAAUCAAGAUAACAUCAUUUUCAUCAUGUCACAAAGAAAAUGCAGAUUAUGAACCAGAAUUACAUCCUGGUGUUACAUAUAAAUUAAAAGAACCAAAAGCUACAUUGAAAAUAUUUUCUACUGGAAGCGUCACAGUAACAGCUCCCAAUGUUGCUGCUGUCCAAGCAGCAAUUGAAUAUAUUUAUCCACUAGUCUAUGAGUUCCGUAAGGAGAGAACAGCAGAAGAUGAACUUGCCUUAACAACGAAGAAGCGUAGAUUGGGAAUGAGUAAAAGAAAUCGUGAAGAGUUCCUACAUGAUCCAGAUUAUAUGUACGAUACCAUGUUUUCUGAGGAGGAGGAGGAGGAGGAAGAAGAGGGUGAGAGUGAUGCCAGUUGGGACUGA